ACACAUAAAUGUCAAACGGCUAGUUGUACGAUUUUUCGUUAGCCGAAUGCGUGUAAAUAGCAAAAAAAAUAACAAAAACAUUAAUAAAAUGUAAUCUACAUUGGUUGUAGAUACGGCUUUCAAACGCCUUUUAUGCGAAACAGGUGAAAAAGAGUUAUUUGGGCAGUAACAUCACGGUAGAAUAAGUUUGUUUUUCAAUUGAAAGCGCAUCGGGAACAUGUUGAAAUUUAAAAAAAUGGGGUCGGAUAAAGUGCCUUUGCUACUCGUUACCGCCAACGUGGGAUCUAUAUUCGAAGAUCCGUCAGUGAUGCUGCCAAUAUGGACGUCGGAAUUCCUCCAGGCCGUCUCCAGAAUGGAUCCGAAGUUCAUAGCCUUGCAUCUGCAGGAAGUAGGGGGUAAAGCGUACGAGAAGUCGAUGCAGUACGUCAAGGAUUUUGUCCAGAGGCUCUGCGACUGUCCAGAGUUGAGGUUGUUUGACAAAAUAAGGAUAUACCUAGACGAGGACUUCAGCUCGCCUGAGAAAUUCACUGCCCUGGGCAACAUGUACUUUGCGCAUUCGUCGCUCGUCGACCUCAAGAUAUGGGAUUUCGACCUUAAAGCUUACGUUGAUGUUGUCGGGAAAGAGAUCCACAGUGGUAACAUCGAGAAUGCCUCCACUAAAGAGAAGGCAAAGUUCCCUCAGCAUUUCUUCCCAGAGUGCAAGUGGUCCCGGAAAGGGUUCCUGCGCACGCGUUGGACCAUCCGCGGCACGGCGGUGGAGUUCGUCAACAUCCACCUGUUCCACGACGCGUCCAACCUGGUCGCCAUGGAGCCCUUCCCGUCUGUGUACUGCCGGAGCCGGCGGCGCGCGCUGCGGCACACGCUGCGGCAGCUGCACGCGGACGGCAGCGCCGCGCCCUACUUCAUCUUCGGGGACUUCAACUUCAGGACCGACACGGCAGGCGUCGUCAAGAAGGUGACCGAGGACUUGUCUGCGCAGCGCGUGCAGGGCGGGGCGGAGGGCGGGCGGCUGCAGUACCGGCGCCGCGCCGACCAGCGCCUCGUGCUCACGGUCGGCAAGAAGGAGUUCGCGCACGUCGACCACCAGAAGAUAUUCCGGGAGCCCUGGCUGCAGCGUUACGACCGCGAGCUGGAGGCGCUGCGGCCGCACCUUUUCGAGUUCCCCGUCAAGUUCCCGCCCACCUACCCCUUCGAGGAGGACGUGCUGCUGCCCACGCACUACAUGAAGACGAGGUGCCCGUCGUGGUGCGACCGCGUGCUGGUGUCGCAGGCGGCGCGCCCGCUGCUGCACGACCCGCCGCGACACGACACGCCGCGACACGACACGCCGCGACACGACCGGAGGUCCGUGACGGAGUCCACUGACAGCAGCAGCGGCCGGGCCUCGUCGGACAGCAGUCCCGCUAGAUCCGGCUCACCAGCCAGCAAGCGCAACGACACGUUGAAGAAGAAAGGCAGCGCGUUGGAGCUGGACGCGCUGGCGGUCCCGGGGCUCGCGCUCAGCAGGAGGAGCAUCGCCGACCCCACCAGCGUGCAGCAGGCCAUCAGCGCCAGGGCGGGCGAGUCGGACGCGUGGGGGGGGCGGCGCCGGCUGGUGCGGAACCAGUCCGAGGGCAACAAGCCGGAGGGGGAGGUGCGGCGCGGGGAGGGGCGCCGGCGGACCGAAUAUGGCGUCAUCGGGGACACCGCCUGCAUGGGGGACCACAAGCCGAUCUACCUCCGCGUGAUGCUGCAGGCCGACCGAGGUAAUUCGCGACUGGAGUACCACCCUGAGUCGUCGCCGAACCACCUGCGCAACGAUGAGCACGACAACGGACACGACAACGGACACGACAACGGACGCGACAACGCCGACCCGCCCGAGUCGCGCUACAUACAGUUCAAUAUUGACAACGUCUGUGAAAUAUUCAAAGAGACCGAUAUAUAAACUCACGGACCGAACUCUGUGUUCUAAAGACGAAUACUUUACGUCUAGGGAACUAACUACGCGAUUUUUAAAAAUAACGUUAAAAAGGCGUUGCUAAUAACGACUAUACUUAAACUUAAAUUUAAUUAUAGGAAUUGCCCUUGACAUCUGAUCUAUGAAUCUAUAGUGAGGGUUAUCAACGAUGUUUUUACCCGAUUUAGUAAUAGCGCUUUCACUGUUUCUAUCGCAAAAUCACUGGAAGGUUAAAAUAGCCGCUAUUAAAAAAACAAUAGAGCUCUAAAUGCUGUAAAGACUUGUCGUGUCUAUAGGUAAAAUAGUAAUUUUAUUAGCGAUGAUGCGAAAUCGUCACUCAGAGAAAGGCUAACGUUAAUUUGACGUUAUUAAAAUUUGUGCUAUUAGCCGUUUUGAUGGUAAGACGUACAUAUAAUUAUAAUUUUAUUGCCUCAUUAUCGUAAUGUCAAGUUUACUCAACUGUCGUUUAGUCAAUUGUCGAGUUUACUCAUCUUUAUCAUACAGUUAAUAAUUGACAACAAUGAACCCUUAUAAUGUCCGAAAUUUUAAUUAAUUAAUUAAUGUAUUAAGUGAUUUUUUUUAAAUAUGAAUCUUAGACGACGACAUUAUGAAGGUAUUAGCGAUUGAAUUUUGACAUUUUAAUUGAUUUUUUUUUAAUUGUUAAAUUUUAUUAUUUGACCUUGGGCAGCACUUGCCUUCAUCAUCCUUGACUCGCGCUUGCACGUUACUAAGUGACUUGAUAAAUAAAUAAUAAAAUAGGUAAGCUAUUUGGACGGUAGAUGUGUUAAGCUUGUAUUCUAGUAUGAAUGUGUGCAGGCUUCGCGCGGGCGUUGACCCCGAACGUCAGCGUGUUACAUUGCUGCACUGAAACAGCAAUGUUUUUUCUUGUCUUACUUUCGGGAGACAGUCUCGCUCUGAUAGCUCAGUAGGCAGCGGCUUGGCUCUACGCCUGGCAUUGCUGAAGUACAUGGGCGACGGUGAGCACUCACUAUCAGGUGGGCCGUAUGCUCGUCUGCAUACAAGAUCAAUAAAAGAAAUGACAUGCUAUAAAAUAUAUAUAGACAUAGCGCUAUGCUGUAGUACAUUGAUCGAUUAUCAGAUGACGUUAAAAGUAUUUCGAUAUUGAUACAUCUUAAAGCCCGUGUGGACAUGGAUUAUGAACAACACAAUUAAUUCUAUUGUUGUUGUUCGAACAAAAAAUAUAUUGAUACGAUCAAUAACGUAACUUAAAAAAAUUAGAAAAUAUAUUGUCUAAUUAAUAAUACAGCAGUUUUAAAAAUAAACUGCAUUGCUGCCAAAUUGAGGCUCGGUGGCCGUACUUAAAGAAAAAAAAGAGUAUCUCUGCGUGUCUGUGUGUUCGUUCGUGUCCGCAGGUAAUACGAAUGUUGAGGGUAGAUGUAAAUAUAUUUUACUCUCAUACGUUGAUUUUGAGUGGAAAGAAACUUAAUUCUUUAUUCGGUUUAUAAACGAAAAUGAUAUAACCGGAUUUAUUUCGUAAGGUGAAUAUACUGUGCUGCUAAAAAAAAAUACCUCGAUAAAUUUCAAAGGUAGGAUUUUCAAAGAAAGGAGUGUACUAUGGGGUGCCACAAACGUUUUAUUUUGUAUACAAAGCAAUAAUGGUGAUUGAAUUAAAAAAAAAAUGUAAUCACUAAAGAGUAUUCACGCUCAUUUGCGACCGGUUAUCUGAAGACCGGUUGAAUGUUUGAAUCAACUAGUCAUCUAAACCAAUCUAAGUUGAAUAACCAUUCCAAAAAAAUAUACUUAAUCUAAAAAUA